CUCCAGCGCUCAGCCCAUUUCUCUCCCUGACCUCACCUCACCACCGUCGCCAUGCCUGGUCGUUAUUACUCCAAGUUUAUACCCCCCAGCCUCUCCAUGAGCGAGCUCGUUUGCCAGAAGCUCGACAACGAUGCGACAGACCUCCUCAUCGACAAAUGGCUUGAGCGGCCCCAUCGUCCCGAUGCCUACUACGACUGGUUUCAGCGCGUCCGCGAGCGACGACACGCUGCGAACACGAAUGCUCGCAAGGAACAGAUUUUGCUGUGGAAUAAGGGUGUCUUCGUCCCCGAGAACAUCUUCACGCGCACCGUCGACACGGGCCGCCUGAUACCCCUGGACCGGACAUGGGUCACUCAUGUGUACCACCACAAAUCCAUGUCGAGGCUGAACAUGAUGCCUGUGAUCUUCAGCAUGCUCCCGGAACUGAUGCUCCUGCGAGGCAUGCACGAUCGCGGCUGCGACGAGAUAUAUGUAAUUGUCACGGAUCUCAAACGCCAGGAGAUGGACCAAGUCACAGAUUACUUCAAGUACGUCUGCCAACAUGCAUCAAAUGGGUCGUGUAAACACAGCGUGGAGCAGAAAAUCAACCAUGACCACAUGCAUCUCACGCACACUUUCGAACGACAGCGGCGGACGCCAUGCUUUCCCCAACUUGAUCUCACACUAAGAGCGAUUCUCUAUGAGAAGAAGCCGCCCUUUAUCGUUCUCUUCUCCCACCAAACCAUGUCAUACUCUCAGAUUCUCUUCGCCAACUCGCUUUUUGUCCCAUCCAAGGACGUCUACUUCGACUUUCCUAGCGGCUGCCCAAAUCCUGGUUGCACAGACAACUGUUGCGAGCUUAUUAGGUUCCCAAAGAAGGGUCUCGAGACCGCGGCAGUGCUAUGUUACAGGAGGAAGGUCCGUUAUCGCUACGGCCGACGUGCUAAGGCCAGGGAAAUGUGCAAUUGGAUCGACUGCCAUGUCUGCUUCGACGACACUGCACAUGGCGGCCAGAUAGGUGAAGGUGUGAGCGAGAGUAGCAUCACGGGCAGCAGCGAAGGGAGUGAUGGAGGCGUCGAAGAGGCGAGUGCCCCGCGUUUUGCAGGGCUGGUAUGUAGCCGAUGUAAAUCGAUAAAGUACUGCUCGCCGGAGCAUCAGAGGCUGGAUUGGGAGGAACAUCGGAGGGUGUGUACGAAGCCUCACGCGGAUUAAUUUAAUUAGGGGCUCGCUUCCGUUGGAGACAUAGCACCG